UCUCAGCUCACCGCAGCCUUGAACUCCUAGGCUCAAGUGAUCCUCCCAACUCAACCUCCAGAGUAACUGGGACUGCAGGAAAGCUCAGUGGCCCCCAAGCCAGGAUGUCCCAAGCUUGGGUCACCGGCCUCGCGCCCACCUUGCUGCUCAGCCUGCUGGCUGGCCCCCAAAAGGUUGCAGCCAAAUGUGGUUUCAUCUUCAACUGCCCCAAAGGAUUCAAAUGCUGUGGUGACAGCUGCUGCCAGGAGAACGAAAUCUUCCCUGUCCCCGUGAGGAUCUUCGUCAUCAUCUUCCUGGUCAUCCUGUCCCUCUUUUGCAUCUGUGGCCUGGCUAAGUGCUUCUGUCGCAACUGCAGAGAACGGGAGGCAGACGCCCCAGUGGAUUGCCAGGGGCCCCUGGAACUGCCCUCCAUCAUCCCUCCAGAGAGGGUCAGAGCAUCCCCCUCUGCAUCCCCACCCCGCUACAGUGAGGUGAUUCUGAAGCCCAGCCUGGGCCCAACUCCCACAGAGCCACCCCCUCCCUACAGCUUCAGGCCUGAAGAAUAUACAGGGGGUCAGAGGGGCAUUGACAACCCGGCCUUCUGAGUCACCUCCUGCCUGGAAGCUUGCGAUCAGCAGCCUCCUCCCCAGUGCCUCCUGGAUCAAGCUAGAGACUGCUGGCACCCCAGGAUUGUCCCUGCCCAUCCUGCCAUGCCUCUGUUCAUCCUUGGAUUUAAGUUAUUACUUUUUCUGCCUGUUUCCACCCCAGCUACCUCUCUUGUCCUGAGGGUUAGGCUGGAGUGACAGUAUCUGCCCCCCAACCAACCCAAGAAAGAGGAUGCCAGAAGGAAAAUGCCGACCAUUGGAGGUGCCCAACAGCAGAAUGGGCUACUCCGAGGGGUAGUAAGAGCCCCAUUUCUGGAGGUAUGCAAAUCUUGACUGGACAGCCAGCUCUGAGGUUUUAUCAGGGCACUUCUAUACCUGUGGGACAUUGGACUGGAUGAGCUCUGAGCCAGCUUCCACUCCUACCUGAAUAGAGAACUCACUGUACCCACCCACAACACAGGAUAAACACGUGUCCUCACUGAAUGUUACUGAUUGCGGCUGAGGGCCUGCCUCUGGCUGUGUGGGGAGGUGGGUGGAGAGGUGAGUCCAGACACUGCUGGGGGGUCCGGUGAGGGGGUCGCUGUGCCGCAAUCCCACCACUGAUGAGCCUUCUGGGAGGACAGUCCAUCCGUGGGCCGCUCUUGGGGAGACGCUUGUUCUAGAUGCUUUGGCUGCCUGUUUUUUGAUGUCUCUGUGUGCCAAAGAGCCUGGAAAUGGGGUGCGCGUGUCCCUUGUGUGGGUUUCCCAAUCCCUUCUGCCCACAGCUUCCCUGGGACACAUGGAGCCCAGCUCUCUGGCUGUCUUACCUUGAGUUGUGAGAAGUUGGCUGCGAGGAGUUGGAUCCAGGAAGCAGCCCUGGGACAGCCCAUUCUGCUGUUGAUAGCAGGAAACCACCUGCUGGGAGACGACGGGGGUGGGGAGAAGCCCAGGAGAGCAGUGGGUGGGGCUGGGCAUCUGUGGAGUGGGGCUUUAGGAGUCCUUGAACGGCCCCACCCUGGAAUCUCCUACAGGGAGGGGAGGAGAUGGCAGGUUCCACCCUUCUCUUCCAGCCCCACCCGUGGGAGUUAAGCCCUAGGGGAAGAGUCACAUGGGGGCCUGGCAUAGUCAUGCAGAAUGGGGCAGGACAGUGCCAGUGCCUUGGGACUCAGAUGGGACUGGGUGCCUCUACCCUGAUUUUUGCCUUUGCACUGCGCCCUCACAGUCCACUUAAUGCCAGCCUCGUUCUCCAGGCCGAGGACCCCGUGUCAAUGCUGGCCAAAGCUCCCAGGAGGAUUGGAGGUAGAACUGGCCCUCGUGUGCCAGCAGGGGGUGCCUCCUUUAGUGCUCUCCCAAUAAUGCCCAUCCUGGGGGCAUCAGUAUGCAGGCAGGUGGCAGAGUUGGGGGCUGUUUGAUGGCACAGGCAGCCCCAAAGAUGCCAGGAACAGGGACUGUCCGGGUGUGGGUUCCCAGUGGAGAUAGGGCCCUGGAAGGAGUGCAGCAGUUACUGACAAGAUAGUGCUAGGGUUGGCUGUAGGAGAAUGAGCUCAAGCGUAAGUGGAAGUUUCCCGUUACUUUCAGGGAUUGGUCAGGGGUGGCAGAAAACAUGUGGGUUCUUGGGGUAGAUGUGGCUAGUUCCAAUGAGAGAAGUCCUGGAGCUGAUGUUACCCUCACCGUGAUAGCAGGGGGAUGUUGAGAAAUGGGCUUGGCAGACCUGGAGGAGAAGUUACUCCGCCCGGACGUUGUCUUCCUUUCAUCACAGGGCCUUUAACUCCUCCUAGGGAGUAGCAGAGUGGCCCGAGGGAAAGUGGCCCUCCUGAAACCUAGUGUUGCUGUGACCUGGUGACAGAAAUGGAAACCUCUGUGUCUCUGGUCAUCCUUGGUGGGAGUGGAAAUGGUGUCACCUUUCUAGAGGGCCAUCUGGCACCAUGCAAUCAUGCCACAGAUGUUUACAAAACUCCUGCUAUUUAGGAAGCACUAUACCUGGCACUGGGUAUCCUUUAAAAUGUAAAUUGCACGUGACCUGGCAAUUCCACUUCUAGAAAAGAGCCUUCAGAAGUGCUCAUACAAAAGAGCUCAAUAUAAGCACCAGGCACUAACCCAUUGUGCCACCAGAGCUCCCUAUGCAGCCUUUUAAAAGAAUAAAUAGGAUCUGUAGCACCAA